AUGACCGAAGACGAAGUCGUUCAGGACGCGAAUCUUUUCGAAAUAUUAGGCAAACACAAGAUGAUAUACACUGCUAAUGCCAAGGAGUUCAGCAAAGCUAUCGCUCAGUAUAUUGACAGCGCCAACAAGACCUCCAAAUCCGGCAAAUUCCAGUACUGGCCUUUGGUUCGACUUGUCAAAGUCUAUAUCAAGGCAAGCUUACUCAAGGAGGGACUUGUGCUUGUCGACCUUCCAGGCCUAGGAGAUUCUAAUUCUGGUCGAGCCUCUAUAGCCGAGAACUAUGUCAAGCACCUGAAAUCUGUUUGGGUAGUGGCCGAUAUCAAUCGAGCUGUGGACGACAAAGUGGCUCAGGACCUUCUCGGGGCAUCUUUCAAAAGACAGCUACUUCUCAACGGAAACUACCACGAACGUUUCGUGACUUUCGUAUUGACUCGAAUUGACAACUUGAAUACCGACGAGGUCAUCAACAAUCUGAACCUUCACAACACGGUCCUCCAAGAAGCUACCGAAAAGGAGAUUCGUUUGAUGGAUGAACUUGAGAAAUUAGAGGAGCAAGUUCAAGCUAUCGAUGACGAGUGUGAGAUCGUAGGUUCAAGCACCGGAUCUAAACGUAAAUUUGCGAGCAUGAAUGAAUCCGCACGCAAAGACAAGAAAAAGCUUCAAGUCAAAAUUUCCAGAGUCAGGUCACAGAUAAGUGCGUCCAAACUUGCAAUGAGAGUGAAAUGCAUUCGCGAGCGGAACAAAUACACUCGGGAACGUCUUGGAUCCGACUUCCAGUACGGCAUCGCCUCACUUAUUCAAGACCUUGCAGAUGCUGGAGAUAACAAUGCGGACAACGUCUUUGAUGAAACCUCUGUUUGCUCACACGGAGCGGGCUUAAAGACAUUCUGCGUAUCAUCAAAAGCUUACCAGAAAGCCAAUGGCCGAUUCAAGAGAGAUCCAGAGAUUCAAGGAUUUCGGAAUAUAUCGGACACUGGCAUUCCUGGUCUUGCCGAAUUCGCAAAACAAUGUACCCUAGGAUACCGGGAAGUCGCCGUCGACACCUUUCAUACGGAGAUGACUUUGUGGAAGUCCGCAGUGAUGGCUUGGGCGGAGCAAGACUAUCGCGACGCGACCCUCAGCGAAAUGCAGAAGGAAGGGCUUCUAAUACAGCUUCAUCAAUAUUAUGAGAAAUUGAAAGAGAGUGAAAAGCGUGCACGAACCAACAUGGCAGGAAAUGUCCGACGAUACAUGCAAAAAAAUAUUGCUCCACAAAUGUAUCAAGCCAUAGCAGCCGGCGAAGAAAAGGCUACAAAUCUAGCAGAGGAGAAGGUUAAAUCAGACAUGGCGGCGGGUACUUGGAAGGCCAUUAUUAGGCGUGAGGGCGGACCAUACCUCGCAAGCAAGAAUGGCCCCUACAACUGGAACGAGGAGCUUGUUUACUCUUACAUGGAUAGAUUUUCAUCUCUGUGGACGAGUUUCUUCAAGGACAAGCUGCGAUUCUAUCAUGGAAAGUAUUCUAGUAUCAUGCUGAUGGCACUUGACGAGUUUCAAGCCAAUUUUGGCACAUUCGUUAUGGACAUAUGUGGCGCUUAUCCGCCAGUCCAAUAUAUUCUGGACCAGAUUCCCCUACAGAAAAGCAGGAUCCUACGAAUUGUGUCGGAUGCCUUAAGUGCAAGACAGGAGAGAGCACAUGAUGCCCCCAGGACUCUACGCAAGGCUAUCAAGAAGCACAUGAUGCCUUUUUAUACCGAGGGACGACAGCAGUCAGGAAAGGGUAUGCUGGUCCGCAUCAAAGUCAGCUUUCAGCAACACUUAGAUCAGAACUCUCAUCAGAUGUACGCUGAUGCCUCUGAAACCAUCCUGGACGAGCUUCGUGAGCUGAACAGAGCACUCCUACCAGAAACAUCCGAGAAAAUCCAAAAAGUACUAGCCCAGCUUCUGAAGGCUUUAGAAGAAGCUAUCCAUAGUGCUACGAUGGACGAAGUUGAGCAUGAAGAAGUUGAUAGCGCCAAAGCUGUUCUCCGUCAUCGAAUUAUCCGGGAGCUUCAAGAGCUGGAUGAAAAGUGCUCGCACGGAGUGAUCAAGGGAGUAAAAGACUCCGAGGUCAUUCAUUCGUUUAAUCUCCUGGAUAUCUACGGCUUGGAUAUGGAAAAUGAGUACCUCGAGUUUAAUGACGACGAUGUCAUCAUUCUAGACGAAGACCCUUUUAAAUCCUGA